AUGGUUAAAGUUCGUCAUUGGACUCGUCCAAAUGCUUUUAAAGCUCAAGUUAAUGAAAAUGAUUUUAAGUUAGUUGAAGAAGAUUUAUCAGAAGAUCUACAACAAGGAGAAGUUCUUUUGGAAUCAGUUUAUCUUUCGGUUGAUCCAUAUAUGCGUAUUUAUGGUGAUCCUAUCGGAGAACAUAAAACUAUGUUUGGUGAAGCUUGUUUAAAAGUAAUUAAGACUCGUAAUGGUGAAUUUCCUCUUGGUACACUUGUUCUUGCAAAUAGUGGAUGGAGCACUCAUUAUUUAUCAAAGGAUGGUAAAGAUCUUCGAUCAAUUCCAUAUGAUCUAGGUUCUCUUUCACCUUCGCUUUCACUUGGAGUACUUGGUUGGUCUGGAUUAACUGCUUAUUUUGGUCUUCGUAUAUUAGAACCUAAAGCAGGUGAAAUUUGUGUUGUGAAUGGCGCGGCUGGUGCUGUGGGAUCAUUAGUUGGUCAGUUAGCUAAACAAAAAGGUUUGACCGUUAUUGGUUUCGCUGGUUCAGAUGAAAAAUGUAAUUGGUUAACUAACGAUCUUAAAUUUGAUUAUGCAUUUAAUUACAAAAAGAUCUCACUUGAAGAUGCUUUCAAAAAAGCUGCACCAAAAGGAGUUGAUGUGUUUUUUGAUAAUGUUGGUGGUGAUUUUUUUCAUGAAAUGGUGACAAAACAUAUGGCAACUCAUGGACGUGUCAGUAUAUGUGGUUCAAUCUCAAAUUAUAAUGACACAGAAAAACAUAAAUUUCCACAAAUUAAUAUGGAUAUUCUUAUGCGUCAAUUGACUAUUCGUGGUUUUACAGUAUAUUCAUUUGCAAAAGAAUUUGAUACAGCUUUUAACGAUAUGGUCCCAUUAGUAAAAAAAGGCGAACUGAUAUGUAAAGAAACUGUGUUUGAAGAUUUUGACAAGAUGCCAGUAGCAUUUGUUGGAUUAUUUAAUGGUGCAAAUACAGGUAAAGCUGUUGUUAAAGCAAGCAGUUAUCCGUAA